AUGCGAAUCCACGUGGGGACAUGUUGGUAUCACUUUGCGUUGUCAGUUGUACGUCCGCAAACAUGUCUCAACGGUGCGACCGGAGUGGGGAAAAUGGACCACAACGAAAAUCAAGCCGGUACCAAAGAAAAGUUGAGUAGAGACACGGCUAAGAUCAGCAGUACAGCAAGUGCCAUCGGCUCACUUGCAGCUCUACAGUCACUCGAGCAUGCAAUCACACUGGACAGAAGCAAGCUGUAUAGGCCAAAAGUCACGGCUGUCAAGGGAAGAGCAUGUGGUCCAGCGGCUUUAUCAGUCUUCGCCAUACGAGUCAAGCAGUAUUCAUUCUACAGCUAG